ACCUGGUUGCUGGGCAGGUUGUGACAUUUGAAAUCAAAUUCCCUAAUCCCUUGUACAUCUCUGCUAGUGCUGGGAUCCAAGUUGCCUUGUUCUGCACUGGUGGGAGCAAAGGGAAAAUUGUGUACGAUCCCUUCUUCCUGAUGAUCCCAGAUGUCUCUGGCUACUGCCAGACCUAUAACAUCCAUGGACAGGACCUGUUUGAGAACUAUGCUGUGAUUGUAGCCAAGACGGCCGAGACUGCUGAUGUUACUAUUGAUGCAGAACCACUACGUAUUACUCAGUGGAGGCCUAUUCCAGGCACAGCAUAUUCUUGGAUUACAUACAACUUGGGAAGUGGGUUUAGCAACCACACCAUAGAGAACCCCAGCUCCCCAUUUGGUGUCCUGAGUGUUGGGAUUAAAGACAAGGCUGGGUAUGGCUCCACAGCUAUUGGUGGCAUUUCUGGUGCUGCCCCUACUGUUCAACCUCCAUAUCUUCCCAGUACCUCUUGCUCAGGCCCCCAAGGGACAGAAUUUAUCACAGUCUUCAUGCAGAAUCACUUAUCAAGGUAUGGCAAUACAGAUUUCAAGUUGUUCAUCACUGGCUACAUCUCUGGGACGUUCGUCACCGUGUCAGUAAAUAAAGCAGAUUUUUCGGUCAAUAUCACUGCAAAUCCCGAACAGACAGUAUCUGUGAUGAUCCCAGCGUUUGUGGAGCUGGCUGGAAGCAACACAUUUGACCACACUGUCAUUGUCCAGGCUGACCAUGAGAUCUCCAUCCUCGCUCUGAACUAUAAGCGCUAUACAGCUGAUACCACUGUAGUGUACCCUGUGCAGAGGCUCGGGACAGAGUACUAUGUGGUGACUCCACUGGGGAAUCCAGAUGGUCUCGAUAAGCAAUUUGCUGUAGUAGCCUGGAAGGAUCCCACCAUUGUUGAAGUUUACCUCAAAGGGGCUGUCACUUUCCAAGGAGAAACCUACAGAGCAGGGACAAAACUGGUCAUCCCACUUGGAGCUUACCAGGCCGUGCAACUGCAAAGCCAUGAUGACUUAUCCGGCACCAGGAUCGUGUCCCAGAAUCCCGUGGCCAUCUAUAGUGGACACGUAUGUGUUGCAAAGCACACCAAAUGUGACUACAUGAGUGAGCAGCUCCUGCCGGUGUCUGGCUGGGGCACCACAUUCAUCGUACCUCCUUUAUCCUUCCAGCCCAAAUUUGACCUGGUGUAUGUGGCUGCUUCCCAACACACUCGCAUUGAUUAUCA